GGCAUGUCAUCUGGCACGCCUCCUCCAAAAUGGCCGUCUACUUUGUGGGAAAUAAGGGAAAUGCUUGGUUUGGGAACCCAGCAGCCGUCAUCAGUAAAACCCCAGAUUUCAGGGGUUGCAUUUUGCUUCCAGAGGUGGUAAAAAUUGGAGAAGUUGCAGGCGGCUGGCGAGAAUCCCUGAAGUACUGCAAAGACAACGACCUGGAGCUGGUCAGCUUCCCCGGGGCCCGACUCCAGAGACACAUCUACCAAAAAAUUACCCAGGCCAAGAACGACAGCCUGCAGGACGUGUGGAUCGGCAUGCGGCGAAGCUCUCAGACUGGAGACUGGUACUGGCUGAACAGGGACCCAGUCAACGACACCGACUGGGCGGAGGGCGAGCCUGGCGCGGUGCAGGAUGGCCAGUGUGUUAUCAUGAGUGUGAAAAACGGCGAGGACUUUGGCUGGAGUGACGAGGACUGCUGUAAGGACGCCCAUCCUGUCUGCUACAGCAGCCCCACCUUCUUACACAUGUAGUGGGGACGAUCCAGCGAGGUGAUCAAUGGAAAAACAUAAAGCGCAGACCUCGGGUGCCGUGAUUUUACUUUGGCCAUGUCUUUCUCUAAGUAGGCUUUGUUUUAUUUAUCUAGCGUUAUGUAUAACCAUACUGUAGUUGCCAUGACUGAACAUUAUUGAGGUUGUUAGAAUAACCUUUUAAAAAUUGUUCUAGUAAUAUUACAGUUUAGAUUAAA